AUGAUGAGCUCAUUACAGAAACAUGCUGCUGCUGCUGCCGAGGGUGACUCGAGUUUCAACUCCAUCCUCAAUACAACUGACACCCGGGCUAGCACGUUCGACACCAUUCCUGGGAACCAUACCGAGAAAGAGCGAGAGGCUGCAGCCACUAUGCUAAUGCUGAACAAGCUGGUUGUGUACUCCAAGGAAGAUAAAGAGGCCGCACGUAUACUGUUGGCCAUGAACGAGCCGGAUCUAUCCCCCUGGAGCGAUAGCCAGCGAACGAUUACUGAUAGUGAGCGGACGAUCAGUGUAGCCCCAAUACCGGUUUCGAUACCACAACGCUCGGUCACGCCACCCACGCCCACUCCAGUGGCUACUCAGGCAUAUGAGGUCGUUGAUGUGUUGCCCGAUGCUACUGCGGUAUCUGCAUCUUUUCCGCCAGUGAAGAAGAUCUCACUAAACGAGUAUACAGCCAUGAGGAAAUCGAGGAGGGAUCGAGGAGCAUAG